GCAUCACCGAAACGUCCUCUUGAAUUCGAAUUUGAAUAUAAAUUUCUUGUAGAAAUCGUCACAGAAAUCUUCGUCUAUCCUUCAUAUAAUGAAGGAGCUACUACCAACUCGCCCAGUAAUCCCUCCUUUCCCUCACUGCCCCGAAGUAAACUCACCCAAUGUCACUCUCAACAGAUUGCCCGCAAUACGCCCGCUUCCUCCCUUCCAACUUCGCCGUAUCAAUAUUCGCACUAAGAUAUCUCUGCUCAACCACUCACUCCUCUCAUCCACGGCGGCACGAACAUAUCCGCCCCAUUCACAAUCACCUCGUCCUCCGUCCCCGACCAUGCUGCUGCUGAUCGAUAAAUUUCCGAAGCGGAGCAACGCAGAUUUUACCACAACAUACGAGAGUGGCGCGAUGCCGUAGCCAUGCACUUUGACGGAGGACUUAAAGCUAAUGACUCCGACAUCAGACUUUGAGCAGCAGAGGGAAGAAAAUCUCUAGCCGUGAGAUAGAGGGCGCGUCCUUGAUGUCUUUGAAUGCUGUCUAAGGAUGAGUGACCUGUAAUAUCUUGUGGAGGCACGGUUUUGGCGUAGUGAGUUUCAUGGCUUUGCUGACGCCGUGGGAGGCGUUCGGUUAUGAGGACGUGUUUGCCAGCGAUGUCGGAUUGGGAGUGGUUGAUCAAGGGUGAAUGUCGUUGUGGUAUGUUUUGCUGAAGUUCAAGCCUGUGCGAGGUUAGAGGAGAGCACUUUUGGAGAUAUUACCGUCGUGAUUGAAGAGCUGCUCUGAGUCUUGCGUCUUGAGACAUGGUGAAUGGAUGCGCACAAUCUGUUUGGACGUUGGGAUGAGGGUAGAAACCUG